CGUUUUUCCCGCCUAAAAUAAAAAUUGCACAAGAUAUUUGUUAAAUAUUUGAAGUUAAUGUAAUGAUGGAUACAGCUGUAAAACCCAACUUGUCCUCGGACAAUGCCGGUCCAGUCAAUGGCAAUAUUGGAGUGGAAAAGGAGAACUUGCAUGUCAAUGGGCAGCUGGCGGAAUUAGAGAAGAGCAACGAUCGAGCGGACACCAAUCAAGAUGAGCAGAAUUAUUUGGAAUUGAUUUGGCAUAUCAUAAAGGUUGGUGAGCGCCGUAUGGAUCGCACCCAGGUAGGCACACUGUCAGUAUUCGGCAGUCAGUUGCGGUUUGACAUGCGGAAGUCGUUUCCCCUGCUGACCACCAAGCGGGUGUUCUUUCGGGCGGUCGUGGAGGAGCUGCUUUGGUUUGUUGCCGGAAAGACAGAUGCGAAGCUCUUGCAGUCGAAGAAUGUGCACAUUUGGGAUGGCAACAGCACCAGAGAGUUCCUAGACAAACUCGGCCACACGGACCGCGCCGUGGGAGAUCUGGGUCCUGUCUAUGGCUUUCAGUGGCGUCACUUUGGUGCCGAGUAUGGCACCUGCGACGAUGAUUACAGUGGCAAGGGCAUCGAUCAAUUGCAACAAGUAAUUAACACCAUCAGGGACAAUCCAUCCGAUCGUCGCAUCAUCAUGUCCGCCUGGAAUCCCCUGGACAUACCCAAAAUGGCACUGCCGCCCUGCCACUGCCUGGCACAGUUCUACGUCUCGCAAACUCGCGGCGAACUCUCCUGUCAGCUGUAUCAGCGCAGCGCCGACAUGGGCCUAGGCGUGCCCUUCAACAUCGCCUCCUAUGCCCUGCUUACCUACAUGAUAGCCCAUGUAACGGGCUUAAAGACGGGCGAUUUUGUCCACACCAUGGGCGACGCUCAUGUCUACCUUAACCAUGUUGAGCCACUAAAGGAGCAGCUGGAACGCAAGCCGCGACCAUUUCCAAAGCUGCACAUCAAGCGAAAGGUGGGCAACAUUGAAGAUUUUCGCUACGAAGACUUUGAGGUCAUUGGCUACGAUCCAUACCCUAAGAUAAAAAUGGACAUGGCAGUCUAAAAGUGCUCCUUACUGUAUUAUUACCUGAAAUAUGAACCUAUUUCCUUAAAUCUUUUAAUCUCAGUUUAAUCAAUAAAUAAAUUACGAAA